AUGGCACCCGUGAAAAACGCCCAUCCUGCCACCCAGGCGCUGCAUGCCGAUGACCGCUUGAACUUGGUGACUGACGUCGCACCCCCGAUCCACCUCUCCACCACCUUCCGAUAUCCAAAGGAUCCAAAUCAGCUCGUCCCGUCAGAAGACCCGGUGGCCGAGUUCAACGGCAAGAACUACGUAUACUCUCGCGAAUUUGCACCAAACGCAACUCGAUUCGAAGCGGUGCUCUCCACUCUCCUGAAGGGUCACGCAGUGAGCUAUGCAAGUGGUCUCGCUGCACUUUACGCGGCCCUGACCCUUCUUAAUCCACGCCGGAUCUCUGUGGGCGAGGGCUACCAUGGCAGCCAUGAAGUCAUUUCGGUCAUUUCGCGCCUUUCAGGUUUGCAGAAGACCAGUCUUGACUGUCCGGUCGAGACGCUAGGCAAGGGAGAUGUAAUUCUCCUCGAAACGCCUGUCAAUCCUCUCGGACUGGCCUUCAACAUCAAAGAAUAUGCCGAAAAGGCACACUCCCGUGGCGCAUACCUGAUCGUCGACAGCACGUUCGGUCCUCCAGGACUGCAGGAUCCGUUCUUGUGGGGAGCCGAUAUUGUAUUCCACUCUGGCUCGAAGUAUUUUGGAGGCCACAGUGAUAUGCUAUGUGGUGUCCUUGCGGUGCAAAGAGAGGAUUGGUUGAAGCAAUUGUACGAGGAUCGGGUGGCGCUGGGAAACAAUAUUGGCAAUCUGGAAGGAUGGUUGGGUCUUCGCAGCCUGCGGACUCUUGAGGUUCGGGUGCAGCGUGCUAGUCAGAAUUGCGCGAAGAUUGUCUCGUGGCUUGACGACGCCAUGCAUGUCUCUGCUCCGACUCCUGGUAGUGAGGAGGCGAUCAUCCAGACUGUUGUUCAGAAGAUCUACCAUGCCAGUCUACAGAAAGAAGCGUGGUUGGAGAAGCAGAUGCCGAAUGGGUUCGGUCCUGUUUUCUCAAUUGUUUUGCAGAACGAAGAAUCUGCUAAGUUGCUACCGACCAAGUUGAAUUUCUUCCAGCAUGCCACGAGUCUAGGUGGUGUGGAAUCUCUCAUUGAAUGGCGGGCACUGUCGGAUUCCAAGGUGGAUCGCAAGUUGCUGCGAGUCAGUGUGGGUCUGGAAAACUGGGAUGAUCUGAGAAGUGAUCUGUUGCAAGCAUUCAAGUUGGUGAUUAACGGGCAAUAA